AUGCUCACGUACGAGGGUGGCGCCUGGACGACGUCCGUGAAGCCCUGCCCCUCCAUGCUGGGCAUCGUGAUCCUGGGCGCCGCGCUGCGCUGCGCUCGCUGCGGCCGGGCGGCGGAAGUGCAAGUGGCGAGCGACGAGGCCCGAGCGGGGCGCUCCGAGACGCUUGGGAGCGGGACGUGCGGCGAGGAGCACGGCGCGCGCAACACUGCCACUCGCAGCCACUGCGCCGGACGGCCGGCGCUCCCGGUGCGCUGCGCUCCGCUCCGCCCGCGCCCACACGGGUUAAGUAUUGAAAUUAAUGACUAUCCUGCCAGUUCAUUAGUUCCGACAAAACGAAAAGCUGUUUCUAUACCUUACAUCGUUGCAAGACACAUUUUCGCCCAAAGAAAUGGCCCAGUUGCUCUAAGUAUUUCCUCCGCCUUUUUCCUAGUAAUAUCACACGCGCGAGAGAGCAACAAUAUUACAGUGACCUCUCCCCGUUCUUCUGUACCCUUCUACGGUGAAACUGAGGAAGCUCCUGACCACUUGAAUAUCCAUGAGCCAAGACGAGAGUCAUUUGGGAACCAGAGUAAGUAUCAAACGAAAACUAGACAAAAGCUUGAUGAGAAUUUGACGACGGGGUCGAUGGAGAGUUCAAGAUGUGGGCAAAGGAAGCGCCUGCAAGAGAGAGUCGAGGCAGACUCGAGUCGAAAAGCCCAGCAGGGCAGAGAAAAUCUGAGGAGCGGCCAGAAGACUAGGAAGAACGCAAAUCUUAUGACCGUGUGGGAGAGCAAAUAUUAUGACAAAUAA